GUUGAUUUAAUCAUGGCUACAGAAUUUUUAAAAAUUUUGUAAACCCGCCGGACAUAUCUGGGACAGUAUGGAUACUGCAUCAGACUCAUGGGUUUAUAUCUGCACAAAUACUGAAGAUACUGUGAGCAGUGAAACAGAAUGACACCGGCGUGGAACCAGCGACCGGGGCGAGAGCCACCGAGACCCAGAUGGGGACUGACGGAUCAAAGGAUUAAACUGCCAAAGUGCCCAAAUGCUGCCUCUCGGCAACCUCUUCCAUCUUACCUGCACAGAUCAAGACCCCGAAGGCCUCCCACAGACUUUGGGCCUUCAGAAAGCCCUGUGUGUCACUGGGAGGAAGCAGGAGUUCCCAGGGUGAGCGGCUACCACGCCAGACACGCAGAAUCAAGCCCAGUGCGCCCACGAAUCAUGACCGUGGUGCGGCCGUGCGGACAGGAGAGCGUGCGGAAGAUCUCGUUGCUGUUAAACCGCCGUGCUGUGCAGACUUUUGAGCAGCUAAUGGCAGAUGUGUCCGAGGCGCUUGGCUUCCCCUGCUGGAACAACGCUCGAAUACGACGACUCUUUAGCCCUGCUGGGAAAGAAAUCCACAGCCUAGCCGACUUCUUCCGCUUUGACCAUGCGUUCCUGGCCUUUGGGAACAGCCGACCGUCUCUUGAUGAGGUACAUGCAGCACUAGAUGAGUUAUAUCCGGAAAACCCUGGCCAUUGCGAACAUCUGCUGAGGGUAUGGGAGCGUAUCCUGAGACCCAAGGCCACUAAGGCAGAUAGUGGUUUCCAUGAUGACGACGCCGGAGCCGAGAUUUCCUUACCUACAGUACAUGAUCAACAGGUAAACCAACCAGUUGUCAACAACUUACAGCCUGUUGGAAGGCAAAAAGAAAAGGUGAAGAGAGAAAGGCAGAGAGAACUAUGGAGGAGGAGAGGUGACCUGCAGAAAGAAGAUGAGAAGAAGAUAAAGAAGGAAGAAGGAAAGAGAGAAGCUGUUUACUGCCGGAGUUGUCGAGGAUGCGGCCCUCCUAUACCUCCAAUCAGUAGCAGUCGAUGUUCUCAAUCGGACAGGCCAAAUAACCACAGUAAUAAAAAUACUUCAUCUCAGAAUAACAUGGAAAAAACACAACAAAGAUCAUUGAAAGCAGAAGAGCAUGUUGCCAAUACAAAAUCAAGCCCAACUGUUCCUCAAAACUGGGAUAAAGAUAAUUUGGUGACAAUUACUGAGCAGGACAUUAAUAAGCAGGAAACAGUUGAACAGAAAGACUUACAGAGUAGCAUAUUACCUGAUGGUGCCGAAGUGUCGCUGGAGGACAUUGAGCGCUGCUAUGACAUGGGCCGGGUGGUAGGAGAUGGGAACUUUGCGGUGGUCAGGGAGUGCAGGGUGAGAGGCCUGGCUGAAACAUUCGCUAUGAAGAUUGUGGACAACGCAAAGCUGCAGGGACGUGGUAACAUGAUUCAGAAUGAGAUCGCUCUGCUGUGUAGUCUGGAACAUCCUCGCCUCAUACAGCUGUUUCGUUCUCAUCACACGGACACCCAUGUUUACCUGCUGAUGGAGCUGGUGACUGGUGGAGACUUGUUUGAUGCUAUCACUCAGAGCGGCAGGUUUACUGACCCAAGUGCUGCAUGCAUGAUCAGAGACAUCAGUCAGGCUCUGGAAUACAUCCACAGCAAGAGCAUCGCACACCGAGACAUCAAACCUGAAAACCUACUGGUACAGCGGCAUGGCAAUGGAAGUUUGAAUCUGAAGUUGGCUGAUUUUGGAUUAGCCAUGGUGGUAACAGAGCCAGUGUUCACAGUCUGUGGCACACCUACAUAUGUUGCUCCAGAGAUACUUGCUGAGACAGGUUACGGUGUUGGAGUAGAUGUUUGGGCAAUGGGUGUCAUACUGUUUGUGCUGCUGGGUGGGUUUCCUCCAUUCCGCAGUCCAGAUCGUAAUCAAGAGGAGCUAUUCCGUCUCAUCCAGAAAGGAGAAGUCCACUUUCUGUCCCCUUACUGGGAUAAUGUAUCUGAGGGUGAGAUACUGAACUCCAGCAUUUGA